UGGACCAUGGACCAAUUUAUUGCAAGCUAUGCCACGGACAACAAGAAUGCUUAUGCACCCUGGUCGUAACCUUAUAGAUUGAUAAAGUGUCAAAUAAUCUUGUGAUAAAAUGUCAAAUCACGAUUGCUUGACAUUUAGUGCCUAGUUACCCUUAAGGGAGACUAACGUACCUAGAUACUUAAAGUCAAGCAAUCGUGAUGUCAAAUAAUAUUGUGUCAUUAAGGGCCUGGGGGAAGUUGCUUAGAAAUCACGCCAAGUUUGACAAUAAAAUUCAGCAAUGCGCAAGAGGGCACAUUUUUCAAAUUAUGUUUAAUGUGUUAAUCAUAUCUUCAGGUUUAACUUACAUUUUUUUGACAAUGUGCCCUCUUGCGCAGUGGAGAUAUUUGGUCAUAAAGAGAGCACAAAUUGGCUUAGAAUUGCAAAAUUGAUGGCAUGAAUUGCAUUUUGAGUAUCCAUGGAACAAAAUAAAACAACUUUUUUCAAAAAACUUGAGGGGAAAGUUAUCAAAUCAAAGUUUUUGAACGUGAGUUGUGAACCGUAUUCAUUUUUUCCUUUCAUAAUUCUGAGCGCAUUACAAGUUUUCGAGUCAUUUGCCCGUAUUUUUGAGUUGUUCUUCAAGUUUAAUGGUUCUACUUAGUUUGGCGUCCUGUUGCAGUAUUUUGGUGACCUGUGUCAAAUUCAAGCGUUGCGUUCCCGUAUUUUGGCGUCUAGUUAGAUGGAUAGAAUGAGAGAAUACCAGUACUGCGCCUUCAAAUCCGUAGGCUUAUGUUUGAAGAGAUUAGGAGCAAAAGACCAAAAGUAUGCCCUGAACCAGCCUCAUUUGUUUAUGAACCUGAUGGAAUUUUUGGGUGAAAAAUGGGACAGUUUGGAUAAGAAUGGUUCAAUUUGCUCAAAAUGUCAUAUGAAGGUGAGAUGAUAAUUAAUAAAUUUCAUCUAUGACCUUCUGCAAAGUGAUCUUCAAAAAAACAUUGAAAACGAAAAGAGUCAAGCUGUCCUGAAUGGAGACGUAGUGAAAGUAGAGGGUCAAGAGGUUCCUUUUAUCACUGUGAUUGUUGACGCAGGCUGGGCAAAAAGAAGUUACGGCCACUCGUACAAUUCCAAUGCUGGCUGUGGAGUAAUUAUUGGAGCCAGGACAAAUAAAAUUCUCUUCGUAGGUACUAGAGUUAGAACCUGUGUCAUCUGCGAUAGACAUAACAGUGACGAUGACAUCCCAAAAGAUCACGUCUGCCACAAAAAUUGGUAAGUUGUUAGUAUAAUUGGCCAUAAAUCAGAAUGAUUUUGACCAUUUUUCCAAAUAGGAAUGACUCGGCGCAAUCCAUGGAGGCAGAUAUCAUUGUCGCAGGAUUUCGCGAAAGUUAUGAGAAGCACGGCGUACUCUACCGUUACGUCAUUGGCGAUGCAGAUUCGUCCGUUUACUCACGCCUUCAAUCUCAAAUUGUUUAUCCAGGGAGAUUGCCGAUUUUGAAGAUUGAUUGUUCAAAUCACGCAGUAAGAGGACUGAAUUCCAAGAUUUUCUCAAUUACCAACAAUACUUCUCACGCAAAAGAAGGGAGGGAUUUGAUUAAAAAGCACAUCAAUAGGUUUGGGAAGGAUGUACGCUCGGCAAUAACUUACAACGCCAACAAUCGAAGCUCUGAUGACCCCCUCACGAAAACUUCCGCUAAAACUUUGGCGGAUGACAUUACCAAUGUUUUGGCUCACAUUUAUGGAGACCACUCAAACUGUAAAAGUUACUUUUGCAAGAAAGGAGGAAGCGAAGAGUUUUCAAAAUUCAGAUCAACCACGGCAGGAAAAGAAUUGAUUGAGUGCUUUGGAAGGCUGGCAACUAGGUCCCCACGCCUAAUAUUUGAUGUCACGAGUAACUACGCGGAAUCAUUCAUGGCCCUAGCUGCUAAAUCAAUUUCAGGGAAGAGAAUAAAUUUUGCACAAAGAGGUGCGUACGGUCGUAGAAUUCAAGCUGCAGCUCUUGCCUACAACAAUGGAGGAUUCUGGCUACUCUCAAAUAUUAAUUCAGACAAACCUGUACGGUCACAUAUAUGGAGACAAGCCAAGUCGUAUUUUUCUGCUAAAAAAGACCCCAGAAAGCGAGCAAGAACAGGACCAUUUGGAAGAUGUAAAACCAAAAAUUCCACCGUCGAGGAUACCCAGAAUUAUGGACCCGAGGCACUGCAAGGGCGUCUGACCGAUGAGGAAAUUGCCAUAGCUGUAGAUAAACUUGUCAAAGACCUUCACGUUUCAGAACAACGACAACGAGAAAAGAUCCAAAAUGAAACGGUGGGGCAGACUUUCAAUGAUGAAUGGAAAUCGCAGCGCAGAAAUCGACUGACCGCAAGCAAUGCCGGAAAGAUUUUCAAGAUGCGUGACUGCACUUCAAACAGGAAUAUACUACAACAUAUUCUGUACCCCAAGGAUCUCAGUCACAAUGACAAUAUUUUGCGUGGUAUCAAUCUAGAACCAAAGGCAAAAUCAUUUUAUGCAGCUAAGAACAAAAUUGAAGUAGCAGAGUGUGGCCUCUUCAUUUCACACGAAUAUGGAUUUCUCGCUUCAUCCCCUGAUCUUGCGGUUGGAAACAAUGGGAUAGCGGAAAUGAAAUGUACGAACUGCAAGCCAGAUCAGAUCCCGUUGAGGCCCGACAAGUUUCUCAUUAGAGAUGCGGAAGGAAGUCUGAAGUUGAACAGGAAGCACAAUUAUUUUUACCAAGUUGUAAUGCAACUACAUACUGCCGAUAAAGAUUUUUGUGACUUUUGUGUAUAUUAUGAAGACCCGGAGUCAAAUUCCCCAUAUUUCUUUCAAGAACGAGUUUGGAGAAAUGAUGAAACGCUAGCCGUGUGGAAGUGCAUGAAAGAGAAACUUGUCAAGUUCUACCUCAUGGAUAUGGCUCAAGAAAUUGUGGACCCCAUAUUCCCAACUCAGAACCGAUUUAGGGAACCGGAGUACCGCGUUCAAUAUAUUGAUGCAGCGAAAGAGAAGAGAACAAAGAAAAUUCGUUAGAAAUUAAAUUCGUUUUUGAUAAAAGUCUAAAAUAAAUGUUAUAAGUAUGAGUACGAAUGUGAGUGUGAGUUCUACUUGAUUAGUCAGUAAAUCUAGCAUUAGAAACGAGCUUAUAUGUAGUGUGGAUAUGAAGUAAUAAGUAUUUAUGUGUAGAAGUAGAAUAUGUGUGCAGUAGUAUAUAAAUAUGUGUAGUGUGAGUGCAUAAAUAAAUUACAUGAAAAUUGUAUAAAUAAUGAAGUCACAAUAAAUAAUCAAAAUAAUAAAUAUUCAAAAUCAUCAUAAAUAAAAUAAUAUUAAUACUAAAAGACUAAAAAGAGAGACAUAUAGGAAAUACACAUUUUAAAAAAAACCCCAAUAAGUGGGGGUGGGUGCGGUAUUCGAACUCAUCACAGCCCGAUGCUCUACACAUACCCCUUCGCCUCGUACAGAGACUAAGCUACUGGGCUACAAGGGCAGUGAGCAAAAGACACUGCAAGAGACGCUGGAUUUAUGUGAAUGCCUGAUCACUCACAUAAUCAUCAUGCUCACAUCUCACCUCAUCUCACUGCAUGCAUAAAUAAUCUUGUUCCCAUAUGCAUAUUGAAAUCAAAUGCAUGGGACAACAUCAAUUUUUUGCACAAAAAUACCUAACAAUUAUUGUUCCUAACAUAAAAUCAAUUUUCGAAAAGUAAAUCUUCCCCCGCCCCCUUAAUUAUGGAGGCAAUGCAUUUGUCUCAACGUGGGGAGAUGUUUAAUUGUCACAUAAUAAGGAAUACAUUUUAAUGAAUGAAUAAAUUAUGGUUCAACUCCAGGGCGCAUAAACUUUUUGUUGUCCGUGGUUUCUCUUAAGGGGGUGAUGCAGGGAUGAGCAUUUUUUCAUAAAAAUUAAAAGUUCGGGAAUUGCAUGCAAUUUUCACAUGAAUUUGGUUGUCAACCACAUAUUAGAAAUGAAAUAAAUAAAUCUUAUCUUGGUCUUCAUCUCUGAAGAUGAGGAAUAAAGUUCGACGAUUGAUAAGAUCCGUCAAGUAGAUAACCGGUGGGGGCCAUAUGGGUCGGGUGAAGCCCGUGGUGCAGAAUAUUAUCAUUUGUAAAAUUCGGUUGACAACCAAAUUCAUGGGGAAAUUGCAUGCAAUUCCCGAACUUUUAAUUUUUUUAUUUUU